AUGGCGAAUGUCGGAGAGGAGGCAGAACGCCAGGACUCUCAUACACUGCUGGUGGGAAAUGCAAAACGGAAUAAGGCUUGUGGCGAGGCUGUUCACCACACCACCCCCGUGGGGGUGAAGAAUGAGCGAGCACUGACUGAGGGGGAGCUGAGACCCGGGCACUGGAACGUCAGGGACCGACCCGCUUCGGUGGCUCAGAGUCUGCGCUUCCUAACCUGUGGGAAGAGGGCUGGGGGCUCUACAGAGUGUGUGCUCUUUGUGUCACCCAAAGGAGAUACGAUCUUUAACUUGCUGUGCCCAACACAGGGCAGUCAGCACUUGGCCAAGAAGUACUGGAACAUCGGCAAGGAGUCUACUGUGCCACAGAACCAGGAGCUGGGUGGACCCAACGUGGAUGAGGCACAGGAGUGGGCUGACUGUGAGGGAGCAACCCUGCAGUGGUUUCUGAGUGAUGUCCUGGCAACCUUCUAUCUUCGAUUUGCCCAUCUGUCCCACCAGUGUGAGCCGGAGCUCCCUGGUGUCCUGCUGGCUGUCCAAGCUCAGUUUGGAGCCUCCCUGUCUUCCCUUCUGACAUCUUUGCUGGUAAGCCGUGCAGCUGAGCCAUCUACCGCCCUUCCUACACCAGGCCCGCCUCCCCUGCCCACAUCACAGAGCAUGAUGGGUGAGGAACCAUGGAGUUCCCAGGAUGCUUACGAUGUAAAUGAUGACUACUCAUACCCUUAUAAUACAAGUCUUCUAGAUUAUCCAACUAAUUACACACCUGUCUUGCCAUGUUCCUUUCAGGAGGUCAGAAAAUUCUCCAGGGUGUUUGUGCCCAUUGCCUACUCUUUGAUCUGUGUCUUUGGCCUCCUGGGAAAUACUCUGGUGGUGAUCACCUUUGCUUUUUAUAAGAAGGCCAAGUCCAUGACAGAUGUCUAUCUCUUGAACAUGGCUGUCGCAGACACUUUUGUCCUCACUCUUCCAUUCUGGGCAGUGACUCAUGCUACAGGCGCUUGGAUCUUCAGUGAUGCUCUCUGCAAACUGACGAAAGGCAUCUAUGCCGUCAACUUCAACUGCGGGAUGCUGCUGCUGGCUUGUGUGAGCGUGGACCGGUACAUUGCCAUUGUCCAGGCAGCCAGAUCUUUCCGGCUCCGAUCCAGGACACUGGCACAUGGCAAACUAAUCUGCGUUGUGGUGUGGGCUCUGUCACUCGUCAUCUCCAGCUCAACGUUCGCCUUCAAUCAGAAAUACCGCCUGCAAGGCCAGGACGUCUGUGAGGCCAAGUAUGGCUCUGUGUCCAAGCCCAUCGUGUGGAAGCUGCUGGGGCUGGGGCUGGAGCUCCUCUUUGGCUUCUUCAUCCCCUUGGUGUUCAUGGUGUUCUGCUACACGUUCAUCGUCAAGACCUUAGUGCAGGCUCAGAAUUCGAAGAGGCACAGAGCCAUCCGCGUGGUCAUCGCGGUGGUCCUUGUGUUCCUGGCUUGUCAGAUUCCCCACAACGUCGUCCUCCUCGUGACCGCUGCGAACAUGGGCAGGACGGACAGAUCCUGUAGCAGUGAAAUACUCAUCGGCUACACCCGAAACGUCGCUGAAGUCCUGGCUUUCCUCCACUGCUGCCUCAACCCGGUACUGUACGCUUUCAUCGGCCAGAAGUUUCGAAACUACUUCCUGAAGAUCAUGAAGGACCUGUGGUGCAUGAGAAGAAAGCACAAGAUGCCGGGCUUCUCCUGUGCCAAGAUACACUCCGAGAGCUACCUUCCCAGGCAGGCCAGUGAGACUGUGGAGAGUGAUAAUGCGUCAUCCUUUACCAUGUGA